GAAGAAGCCAAGCCGGAGGACCGAGAGCGAGCGAGCGACUAAAAUUAGUAUAGUCGAGCGAGCGAACGGCGGCCGAGAGCAGCGGCCGAGACGAGUUCUCGUGGCGUGAAUUUUGCGAUGGAUUGCGUGGACUGCACCUGAGGAUCAGGUCGUGCGAGGCCAGCAAUGUGCUGCAAGUAUGUGCUGCUGCCCGAUGCUGCACCCGCGAGGCUAGAUGACUGUCAGCUACCAGUACGAGGUGGCAUCCUCCACCAGCGGUGGAUUCACCCGGCUCCUCUGUAAAUGGCGCGGCAGUCUCUACAAGCUCAUCUACAGGGAGCUCUUCCUCUUCCUGGUCGCCUUCGGCUGCCUCAGCAUCGCCUACAGGAACUUCUUCACGCUCGAACAGAAAUUAUUAUUUGAGAAAGUAGUAGUUUACUGUGACAAGUUCAUCGCGCUCAUUCCUUUGUCUUUCGUGCUUGGCUUUUAUGUGACCUACGUCGCUGGACGAUGGUGGCAACAAUAUAUGGCCAUUCCUUGGCCCGACAAGAUAAUGCACUGCGUGGCGCUGUACGUAACGGGCGACGACGAGUACGGCCGAAUGCUGCGCCGCUCCCUGAUGCGCUACCUCAACCUGUCGCUCAUCCUGGUGCUCAGGUCCAUCAGCUCGGCCGUCAAACGCCGCUUCCCCACGCUGGACCAUGUCGUCGAGUCCGGUUUUAUGACCAGAAUAGAGUUAGAAAUGUUUGUGGCCGUUCCAAACGAAGAAUUCAACACAUACUGGAUACCCAGCACGUGGUUCAUCUCGCUGCUGAAGCAGGCCAAGCGCUCCAACAGAAUCAUGGACUCUCAGGGACUGAAGAUCAUCAUGGAGGAAUUCAACGAGUUCCGCUCAAAGUGUGGGAUGCUGUGGAGCUACGACUGGGUCAGCAUACCUCUAGUUUAUACUCAGGUGGUGACCAUCGCGACGUACUCGUUCUUCCUGGCCGCGCUGGUGGGCCGACAGUACGUGGCCGGCGCCAACAAACCCUUCCAAAUGGAGAUCGACACUUACAUUCCCGUCUUCACCAUCCUGCAGUUCUUCUUCUUCAUGGGACUGCUCAAGGUGGCGGAGCAACUAAUAAAUCCAUUCGGUGACGACGACGAGGACUUUGAGCUGAACUGGCUCAUCGACAGACACACCAAGGUGUCGUACCUCGGCGUGGACAUCCUGAUGUCUCGGUCGCCGCCGCUCGUAAAAGACAUGUACUUCGACGACGUCGAUAUGAUGCUGCCCUACACGGAGGCCGCGCAAGCCUACAAGAAGAAAACCUACCGCGGAUCUGUACACGACAUGAUGGUACCAGAGGGCAAGCAGGGCAUGUAUCUGCCCGAGAUCGUGGAGGAGGGUCAGUUUGCCAUUUCGAGAAGCGCCACCCCGAGGACCUCCAUGAUGAACCUCUUUCCAGGCCAGUCGUUGUCGCCCUAUGAGGAGACUGGCUCUUUUGGCAGGAGGAACGAACGGACGUCGCCUUCGCCGCAGCCGAGACUGAACGCGGCGUACUCCAGCAAUGGAAAUGUAGCCACCCCGGAAAUCGCUUCCGCAGGUACCAGGCGGUUACAAGCCGGAGGGCAAACAAGCUGUAAUGAGCUGGGAGCUGAUCUGUUCGCAAUGCUGUCCGAGGUGGACAGACAACAACGAUUAGGAGGUCGUCAAAUGCGACGGGACUCCGGCGUGCCUUCCUAUCCCCCGUCCAGCCUCUUAGGCGAGUCCUUAAGUCGCCGCUCAAGUUCUGUCAUGUCCGAAGAACCGGACACAAUAUCCGUGUGCAGCGCGACGGCGCCGGUGCCACCUGCGCGGUCGCGACUUCGGUACCUGCUCAAGAGGAAACACUCGAAUUCGACCAAGAAAAAUGUCCGGUGGCGGGCCGUGCAGCAGACGGACGUGCCGCCGCCCUCGCCGGACAUGAGUGUGAAUGCACUCGUUGAGCACUCGACUGCCUUCAUGCUUCGCCAGAUGAUCGGCCCAGUGACCGGCGGCGCCGAAAUUGAGAAAGGUGCGGUCGGCGCCGUGGCGCUGACCAGGAGUAUGCCCAACAUUCAGGCCACCGACGUGGAGGUGGACAGUGAGUGGCCGCAGGCGUCGCCGCCGAGGAAACGGACGGAGAGCGUCCACGUGCCCAAGGAGGUGAUCAAGGAAGUUCUGGCCAACGCUUUGCUCAAACCGCCCGAAGACCAUUUCGUCGGCAACACGCACCAGCACGAGGAGACAAAGUGAUGCUGCUGCUGCGACUCUCGGACACUCACGCGGUGCCUUUUCAUUAAAAGCAGGAGGAUCUUGUGUAGAAAUUUGAAUGGCCUAAAAUCGUACAUCCAGGCUGGAUUAAAUCAAAAUUCUUCAGGAGAACUUUUAUUAUUUUUCAUGAAAAAAUUGCUUUUUAAAAUUACAAACAAUCUCUGUAGUUAAAAUCGAUUUCUUUUAUAUUUUCAAGUGGACUUGCUGGUUCAAGUGUUAAUUAAAUAAAUUUACUAAAUUGAUUUUAGUGUUAAGCGACCUGCUCUCUGUUCUCACACAAUUUAUCCUUUUAUUCUUUUAUAUUUUAUUUCAAUAUUAAUUCGCUCCUUAUAGAGGUGCUCCUUAAAUAACAACUGCAGCUAUUAAAUUAUCAAAUUCCUGCACAGUUCUCUGCUUAAAAAUAUUCUACCGUAAGUGCUCUUUUCAAAAAAGUGAUCCUCUGUGUUUCUGUUAUUUGUAGGUCAACGGUGGCCUUUUGCCGCGGACGACAUUGUGCUCCGCGCGCUGUGAUCAAGUUGAAAGUAAUUUAUCGUUAUAAACUGAAACAAAAAAUAUUAAUCGUUUUUUUAAAAGACUUCUUGUGCAAAAUAAUAAUAUUUUAACACUCACUUUGGAGAAACUACUGCGUCCUCUGCUAAUCCUGUUAUAUAUCUUGACUUUGAAAAAGACGACGAUCCUUUUUUAUUAUAAACGUAAUUCCAAUUUUUUAAUGUGUCCGUAUCUCUCGUUUCACUAGAACCUGUAUUUUGCUCUGUUACACACAACCAACAUACCUGGUUAAUUGCGCCCUCUACGGAAUUAUCUCGUGUAAUAUGCAAUGUUUUUAUCUAUCACUGCUAUUCGUAAAAUGUACAACACGUUCGAUUUUGUGUGAUUAUUCUCAUAAAAACAUUUUUCACAUAUUAAAAAAAUUUAAAAAGAAUA